UUAUCACGAACUCACGGUUGUAGACUUGAAAUUAGUAUUUUUAUAUUUUGUGCCUUAACGCACCCACGACCCACAAUAUUGUGCCGUGGCCCGUGGGUUUAGGAAUUCGGGGUUGUAUAUUGUUCGAAUCGAAUACAUAUUAUUACCUAUACGCUGUAGAUCGUCGCGUAUCCAUUCGUAAUAUCAAAAGACAAUGAGUUACAAAUAUAAUAAUAUAUGACAGUUUGUUCUAUAGUCUAUAGUGCGCGGGAACCUAGUAGCAUAAUAUUGUUCUGUGCUAAUUCCCACAAAUAGAUACAAUAUAGAUAAACGGUAUCAUGGCUAAGUAUUAAUUAAGGAGGUGUUUAAACAGCGAUGUACCUACAGUAUUUUGUAUUAUCCAUAAACAACAAAACUACAAAAUAACGAAUACAUUUUUUAAGACGAGAUGAACAAGAGAAAGUAUCCGUAUGGCAUCGAUAUGUGUCCCCAGCUUAAAAUACAUAUUGGAGAGAAACAAGUCGCUAAUGGAGUCUUGGGACCAUCCAAAAUGUCUGAAAUUUAUGAAAAGACUAAACAGAUAUUAUUUCAAAGAGCAAAUGCACCUUUUGAAGCAAUAAAUGAGUCUGUGCUUGUGGAUAAAGUUCCAUGCGACAGUAAGCCAUCCAAACAAAUGCAGUUGACGUUUGAUGGACAACUGUGCAAGCCUUAUGUUUUAUUUGAAAACCCCAAAGUGUAUGACUACAAUCAGAAAAAAUGUAACUUUUGUUCAAAAACAGAAAAAUUAGAUUUCUGUGGGAAAUGUGGAGAGAUAUUUUGCAAUAUGUGUUCAUUUUCUUUAUUUUGCAAUGAAGCGAAAAAAAUGUGUUUAACAUGUUAUGAGUAA